AUGGUACCCCAAAUUGAUGAUGACAAGCGAAAGGCAAAAAAACCCCAGCUCUCCGCGUCUCUCACUCUCUGGAAGUUUCUGGAACGGGACCGACGGGUUCUGGAAGCGCCGCGCGUGGACUGCGGCGUGCUGAGGCUCUCGGAAGAGUUUUUAUCAGCGGACUGUCUGGGAAACAAGAGGGAGGAUGCAGCGCCACACUUGUCCAACUGA